AUGGCCCCCACUCCCAAUAAUAAAAACGGACUGAGUAGAGACGAGAGUGAAAACUAUGGCAUUAAAGUGGACAGAAAGACCAGAAAACCGUUGGUUGAGAAAAAGAGACGGGCUCGCAUCAAUGAAAGUUUGCAAGAUCUCCGAGUUCUGCUCGCAGACACAGAUUUACAAUUAAAGAUGGAGAACGCCGAAGUGCUGGAAAUGACUGUGAAACGAGUGGAGAGUAUCAUUCAAAGCCGAGCACAAGAGGUCGACACCGUGAACCGGGAGGCAAGCGAAAGGUUUGCUGCGGGCUACAUCCAGUGCAUGCAUGAGGUGCACACCUUCGUGUCCAACUGCCCGGGAAUUGACGCAACCAUCGCGGCAGAGCUCUUGAACCACCUCCUCGAAUGUAUGCCCCUAAACGACGAGGACAAAUUCCAGGUGAUGAUCCAGGAUAUCAUGACAGACUGCUCCACUAACAGUAACAGCACUUGGCCCAGUUCUGAGGGCAUAUAUGCAGCACUGGUCUCCCCGGGGGGAAAGAGCAUCUCCAGCGGCAGCUCCUCAGCCCUCUCCCCGGCGCACUCCACUACCUCCAGCGAUGACCUGUGCUCGGAUCUGGAAGAGACUGACUCUGAGCAGAACCACAUCUCUGUGGAUGCUGAGAACCAGGAUGUUCUGAACAUGCCCACAGCGGCUUAUUCCGAGUCCAUGUGGAGGCCCUGGUAG